GCGAAGUAGUACAAACUAAUUACUCACAUUCUUCGUCUUAACGCACGUUUUAUUGUUACUUGAGAAUUUGAAAAAUUGAGUUAAAAAUUUGUUUCAAUUCAAUUUCAUUGAAACAAUCGCAAUCAGCGAUAUCAAUGAAUCAGAGACUUGAUUAAUCAAUUGAAUAUAUUCAUUGAAGACCAAUUGAUUGUUGAAUCCAUCUAUUACAGAACAUUCUUAUCCAGACUAUCAAACCAUUGAGCAGUGUUUUUAAAACUUGUAGAACAAUUUCUGAUGCAUUUAAAUAUUAAUUUAAAUAAGUAGAAGAACUGAAGAUAAAAAUCCGUGAUACUGGCAUCAUUAAAGCAUCACCGUGACUUUAAACCAUCUCAAUGUUGGAGUGUGCUAAUGUUUUACAGUAGCAUGCAGUUCGCGUAUCGUUACACGUGGAAUCGAGAAAUCAUUGUGAAUUCCCAAAAAUUGGUGAAAAGACGCUGACUAAGACAUUUAAGAGUGGAUACGUACAACGGUUGAGUGGUGAAUUAUUAAAACGCCGCCGAAGUGACCUUGUACAACACAACCGAAGAUAACCACUGACAACGGCUAAAAUAUCCAGCGCAAGAAUCAUCGAUUGAUAAAUUUGUUUUUUUUUUUCAUUUCUUAUUCUGAAUUAAAUUUUUUUUCUUCAAUUCCACGGUAACGAGACUACGUUUUAUUGCAUUUUGUUAGAGUAGUUGAUAAAUCUAUUGAAUUCAUUGAGACACGAGGGAUAAUGGCGAUUUGUUAUGCUGAGCCCUUCUCCGACUGGUUGGAGGAAAAGGUCGAAUUCCUGUUCGAGGAGAUUCCGACACCAGAAUGCGGCCAAAAGCUGACCCCACCUUCCCCCCCCAAGCAGGAGACAACCCAAUCCCUGCUGCAGGAGUUCGAAACAGUCCUGGGGGAUGUAGAAGCCUGCCACCAGAUUUUCCCCACAAUGUCCCAUCUGACGCCCCCUCAGACACCCCCGCACGAGAUCCCUGAAAAAUCCAUGGGUUUUGAUAAUCAGCUACUCGUCGCUCUUCAACCAGUGAUGGUGGACUACCAGAUGAGCAAACCCCAGGUGAUCCCGAUCACACAAAUUCCUCAGAAUAUGGUUCCAGUAACUCCAUCCAUCAAGUCUGACUCCUACCUGGAACAGAUCUCUGGAGGAUGGAACGCUGAGAACGUCUCCCUGAUGCCUUUAUCCACUCAUGUAAGUGGGGAUGUGGCUAAUGAACUAGCAGAAAUGGACGAGUAUGUUCGGUCCUGCGCGGAGGAUAUGUCCCCAUCGACCCCGGCAAGCUCAUACACCAGUUCCAACAGUUACUUGUCGUCUGAAGACUCUAACGAUCCUGACUGGACGAUCCCAACCACCUCCUCAAGCACUUCGCAAGGUUCUGCCGGCAAUAAACAACGUGGACAACGGAUUCACUCGAAGAAUCGAAGCAAACCUUACUCGAGGCCAAAUAUUGAGGACAAAAAAGUCAGAAAGAAGGAGCAGAACAAGAAUGCUGCCACUAGGUAUCGUCAGAAGAAGAAGGCGGAGAUAAAGGAGAUCAUUGGGGAGGAGCAGGAGCUGGUUGAGUACAAUGAGAAGCUGCAGGAUCAAGUUAAAGAGCUAACCCGAGAGAUUGGAUAUCUCAAGGGGCUCAUGAGGGAUCUCUUCAAGGCCAAGGGAUUGAUGAAUUAAUGAGUCCUCAUGUCUGUUGAUGUUUCGUUGGUUUUAUAAUUUGAAAAAUCUUGGCAAAAUUGAUUUACAGGGAUUUUUUUUUUAUAAUGGAAAUUCUUCUAUGUCGCAUUGAUUCGAAAAUAGUUAUUAAUAGUUAAUUGGUGAUAACUCUGAAUCUGUCGACUUGAUCCUCCUAUUUUUUAUCGUAAAAAGGAGAAAGGAAAUCUAUUUCGAAAUAUCUCGAAAAUCUCGAAUAAGCGUAAGCGUAAGACCGAAAC